AUGUCAGAAUUUUGGGUUAAGCAGAGCGAAGAGGUCUUCCGCACGGAAGGUUCGCAGGCAACGGAUAGAUAUGGGGUCAAAACACAUCCGAAUUCUGGUGCUCGACCAUCACUGUUUGGCCCCAUCGGUGCUUUCAAGCCCGCCAUGAAGUUCUUGGAGGCUCGCGACAAGGACAACAAGACGCUGACGGGGGACACAAGACAUGGGCAAGUGGCGCCCUGUCGUCAAGGGCAUGUUGACUAUUGCCGAGGACGAGGAGAAAGAGGAGGUGAUGACCCCAAUAAAGACCUCGAUGGUCUCUGA